AGCGCGCAACUGAAUAUCCGCAGAUACCGGGCGCGUCUCUCCUACUAGGCCUGACGCCAACUGCACCCUAUAAUACCUCGUCGUCGUCCGCGCUGGCCACGGGGAGUCGCGCCGAGCCGACGACUCCGCCGCCUUUAAAACCCGCGCGCCGCCGCCCCCUCUCCCUCCCACUUCCACAUUCCACAGCCAGCCUCCGAUCCACCCCCUCGCGCGGCGUUCCCCUCUCCAACCGACCAAACACGCAUGGCGCGCCUCGGCCUCGGCAUGCCGUGCCUGCUCGCCGCCGCCGCCGCGGUGGCCGUCCUCGCGCUCGCGCCCGGCGCGGCGUCGCAGGCGCCGGCGCCGGCACCGGCUCCGGCCUCGUCGGCGGACUGCUCGUCGGCGUUUACCAGCCUCAUCGGGUGCCUCUCGUACGUGCAGCAGGGGAGCGCGCAGGCCAAGCCGGGCAAGGAGUGCUGCGCCGGCGUCAAGAGCGCACUCAAGAGCCCGGCCGCCGUCACCUGCCUCUGCGCCGCCCUCGGCCAGAACAACGGCGUCCCGAUCAACUUCACCCGCGCCGCCACGCUCCCGGCGGCCUGCGGCGAGAACCCGGCCGCCCUCAGCAACUGCAACAUCAAAUUGCCCGGUGCUCCUACUGAAGGUCCCUCUUCUGGAUCGGCACCGGCUGCUAACAGCCCAGGCACGUCGAAGUCAGCGGCAGCUCGGUCACCGGUCUCGGCGUUCGCCAUAGUAGCCGCUGUCGCCACGCCUCUGCUCUCCUACUACUUCCUCUGAAGAUUUGUUGGUUGAAUUGCUGUGAAUCUCGUGAUGUGUAUCAGCAUUGUGCCAUAAUUCAGUGAGACUUGAUUUGGGAGAGGUUGUUGCUGUUCAUUUC